CGGACGGCUCGCAACUGCACCUCUUCUGCUCUCUUCCUCCUCCCUCUUUAUAAUCCUCCCCCGCUGCUGCUGCCUUCUCCUCAAUCCCAUGAGCCAAGCUCCCGAAAUCCUCAUGCCGCCUUGUCUUCCCCAGAAGCUCGCCGGUGGCCGGGCCGUCACACUCGCAACCUCCUCCAGGCUCCCGCAAUCGCCGAGCAAAGCCUCCUCGCCUGACGGGACCGGUGAACACGCCUCAGAGACGCCGGCCCCUCGUCCCUCUACUGGUGGCGCCAGUGCAGAUCCAUCCGGAUUCGAAUUGAUUUCUUCUUUUCUUGGUUUACUCGUGCUCUGAUUCGCCCAUACCUCUCAAAGAAGAUUGCCAGAACAAAUUCAGAGCAUAUAUUCUCCUUUUCCUCUUUCGCUUUGGUCCAGAGGGCAGUCGUUUUUAACCUCCAAGAAUUUUGGGUUUGGGUGCAGUGUGCAAAGCAUUUGGCACAGCAGCUUUCCCAUCAGAUUGUUCGCAUCUGAGUAGUCGAAGCACACAUUUUUAUCCUUCUUUCGGCAAUGUUUGCACAGUCAGCUGUGUGGAUUUGCUUCCUCUUUUUAGCUAGUACUAGGUCGAGUGUGCCGUGCGGCAAUUACUCCCCCUUCCCCUCCCUCCAUGGUGGAUUCCUGUUCAGUCCGCCCGGGAAGUCUCCCCCAUGCCUGUGCCUUUCUGGGCAUUUCUUGCCCAUUCACAUGACAUCAGCAUGUUUUCUGUGGUGUUAGGGUCUUAGGGACCCUAUUAAAUAGUUCAGCAAAAUCAACCAUCAGUCUGUAUUUUUUUUUUUUUGGAAAUCAUCCGUAAGAUUGGUCAAGUAUUUCACUAUAUAUAUAUAUAUAUUUAUAUACUUCCUCCGAUCGUACAUUAUUUUAGACUUAUACAUAAAUAUUAAGAAAAUAGAUCAAAUAAUCUUAUUAUCUUUUAUUUAUUCUGUAUUUAAAAAUAUAACUCAUUGAUUCGUGAGUGUUGUAUCAUUUAUUAAAUAAGGUCAAAAGAGAAAAAAAUAUAUAUAUAAGUUCAAAAAUAAUUUAUAUUUAAAAAUAGUUGAAUAGAUUAAAACAAUCUACAUUUCCAACCAGAUAUUUCCAACCACUUGGAGUAUUUAUUUAUUUAUAUGACUGAUGUGUAAAGGCUUCCGUUGAGUUGUCAGUGGUAGGUUGUAUUGCUAACCUGGGCACCGAAAGGUUGGUUGGUUGAAACGAUUUUCUGUUACGGUGAACCGUAGGCUUACAAAUUGCCACUGAUCAUCUGCAUUUGUUGCUAUGUUAAUGUUUGUUUCUUUAAGAUUACCGCUUUAUCGUUAUCGUUUGUAUCGUCAAACUGGCAUCAGGAAUCACCGUAGCAAGACCACUAGUUUUCCUGGCAGUAUGUAUCUAGCUUUUAUAGGCUUGUCUCAUGUUGUAGUUCUUGUGCUAGUGGAAUCUCUAGUAAAAUAAUCGAGCAAUAAUGCCUUACUUUCUUGAGAUUCUGACGUAUUGAAUUAGUAAACGUUGUCGGAAAGUAAAGGCUAACUAACAUUUCUCUGUCAAUGUUUGUACAGGUGGUCUGUAAAGUUGCCUUGUUUUUCAUGGUCAUUGCUUUAGUAGGUGUACAGUAUACAACUUUUGCUUUCUUUUUUUUCCUUUCUCCCCCUUUUCCCCUUUGUCAUCCGGGCUUGCAAUGCUAUGCGGUUCAUUGGAAGAUUAGUGUGUUUUGAACAGCUCUUCUGUCGGCAAUAGAGUUCUUCGUCCUCAAUAAUCUGUUACCAUUCUGGUGAUGACCCAACUGCAUUUCAGCACAGCAAUUCCUUCAGCUUUAAGCCCACAAUUUGCCCAAAAUUUUGCAAUCUUUCUUUAUGGAGAUUUGCUGCGAUGAUUCCUCUUACAAACCAGGUGAUACCAUGAUUCUGCCCGUGCAAAUGCCGAUCUGUAGCUGUGAAGACACUAUCAACGAGUUUGAGGCGUUAACACGUGAUGCUGGACGCGUGCAGCAGGAUACACUGAAAAAGAUCCUCGAUCUGAAUGCUGAUGCUGAAUAUCUGAAGAACUUUGGCCUCAGAGGGAGGACUGAUGUAGAGAGCUACAAAUCCUGCAUCCCGUUGUGCGUGCACAGUGAUAUUGAGCCAUAUAUCCAAAGGAUUGUUGAUGGUGAUAACUCCCCAGUGCUCACUGGCAAGCCCGUCACCUCCCUCUCCCUCAGUUCUGGUACAACACAGGGAAAGCCCAAGUUCUUGCCAUUUAAUGAUGAAUUGCUUGAGACCACACUUCAAACAUUCCGGACUUCUUACGCAUUUAGGAACCGUGAAUACCCUAUUGGCAAAGGAAAAGCCUUGCAGUUUAUUUAUGGUAGCAAGCAAGUGGUAACAAAAGGUGGCAUCCUUGCUACAACUGCAACAACAAACUUGUACCGGAGCCCACGCUAUAAGGAAGGAAUGAAGGGUAUCCAGUCUCAGUGCUGCAGUCCUGAUGAAGUUAUCUUGGGCCCUGACUUCCAUCAAUCCUUGUAUUGUCAUUUGCUCUGUGGGUUAAUAUGCUUGGACGAGGUCCAUCAUGUGUUCUCAACAUUUGCUCACAGUUUAGUACAUGCAUUUCAAACAUUCGAGGAGGUGUGGGAAGAUAUUUGUGCUGACAUAAGAGAUGGUGUUCUCUCAAAGAAAGUUACGGUGCCAUCAAUUCGUGAAGCUGUUUCGAAAAUGCUGAAGCCCAACCCUGAGCUUGCUGACUCGAUCUACAAGAAAUGUAUGGGCUUGAGCAAUUGGUAUGGCGUUAUCCCAGCACUCUGGCCAAAUGCAAAGUAUGUCUACGGCAUUAUGACAGGAUCCAUGGAGCCAUAUCUACAGAAAUUAAGACAUUAUGCUGGGCACUUACCACUGAUAAGUGCUGACUACGGUGCCUCUGAAGGAUGGGUUGGUGCUAACAUAGACCCCACAGCGCCACCUGAACAGGUGACGUAUGCUGUUCUCCCACAGACUGGUUAUUUCGAGUUCAUUCCUUUGGAGAAACCGAAAGGGGAGGAGAUAGAGAACAAUGCCUCCAUUCAUUACAUAGAAUCGGAGCCAGUUGGCCUGACUGAAGUCGAGGUUGGCAAAAUCUAUGAAAUUGUAAUAACUACCUUUGGAGGUCUAUACCGCUACAGGCUUGGAGAUAUUGUGAAGAUAGCUAGCUUCCACAACUCAACACCUGAGCUCCGUUUCAUCUGCCGCAGAAGCCUAGUCCUGAGCAUCAACAUUGACAAGAACACUGAGAAAGACCUCCAGCUGGCUGUUGAGGAGGCAGCCAAGCUCUUGGAAGGUGAGAAACUCGAGAUUGUGGAUUUCACGAGCUUUGUGGAGAAGUCAAGCGAUCCAGGUCGCUAUGUCAUCUUCUGGGAGCUGAGCUCUGAUGGCAGCGACGAGGUCUUAGGCAGCUGCGCCAAUUGCUUGGACCUAGCCUUCGCUGAUGCGGGUUAUGUGGGUUCAAGGAAGAUCAAGACCAUUGGCCCCCUUGAGCUACGGAUUCUCAGAAAAGGAACUUUCAAAGAGAUCCUAGAUCAUUUCCUGAGCCUUGGUGGCGCUGUGAGUCAGUUCAAGGCGCCUAGAUUCGUGAACCCGUCAAACAGCAAGGUCUUGCAGAUACUGAGCACGAACACCACCUGUAGUUACUUCAGUACCGCCUAUGGGCUCUGAUAGAAAAGAAUGCUGCUAGUAGUUCCAUGUAAUUAUCUUUCUUUUUUCCCUUGUUCUGGUUCAGUAUCCAGAUAAAGAAAACAGUCUGUUUUAGUCUCUUUUCAUAGUACUUUGUUUUAGUGCUGGUGCUGUCGAAUAAUCAUUGUAAAUUGCUAUAUGUAUUUGUAGUGAGAGGUAUCAGAAAAGUUAAGAUGUUGCUGCC